AUUUUCUGCCAAGUUAUGAAAUUAGUUCUGAAAGGAUUAGGUAACUUAGAUGCGGCUGAAGAAAUAGCUCCCUCAUUAGCAGCGAUAUUUAAUGCUUCAAUUAACUUGGGCAUUUUCCCUGACGAUUUUAAGAUUGCUAUAAUCUCGCCAAUUCAUAAAUCUGACAGCAAAUUAAUAUGUGAUAAUUAUAGACCAAUUUCAGUUUUAUCAUGUGUUGCAAAAAUAUUUGAGAAAUUAAUUUCAGAACAGCUCAAUACGUAUUUAGAAUCUAACGGUUUACUCAUAGAACAACAAGCAGGUUUUCGGAGGAAACACUCCACUCAAACAUCUCUCCUUCGUACAACAAAUCAAUGGCUGCUAAAUAUGGAUAGGGGGUGUUUGAAUGGAGUUAUUUUCCUUGACCUUAAAAAGGCGUUUGACUGUGUAGAUCAUAAAAUACUUACAACAAAAAUGGAUUAUUAUGGAAUAAGAGGUCGUGAUCUAGCUUGGUUUCAAUCCUAUCUUACUAAUCGGAUACAAAUUUGCAAGGUUGAUCAAAUUACAUCUAAUGAAAGAACGGUUAAAUGUGGCAUACCACAAGGUUCUAACUUAGGCCCCUUGCUGUUUCUUCUAUAUAUAAACGACCUUCCGAACUGUCUAUCAUUAUCCUCGGCAAGUAUGUUUGCUGAUGACACAAAUAUUUCUACUCAAGGUAAAACUGACACUGAAAUACAAGAACGCUUAAAUACCGAUUUAGAAAAUGUGCACCAAUGGCUAACUUCGAAUAAACUCACUCUUAAUAAAAAUAAAAAGAAAACUGAAUACAUGAUUGUUGGCUCACGACAACGCAUUUCAAACAUUUCAACAGAUCCUAUAGUCAAACUUG